AUGUGUAUUGUCUUAGCAACUACGGCGCAUCCUUCCUAUGCACUCAUCAUUCUUGAUAAUCGAGAUGAAUUCAUUCUUCGACCGACCAGCAAACCGCACUGGUGGUCUUCCCAACAUCAAGAAAUACUAUCAAGUCGAGACCUACAACGCGAUGAACAGGGAACAUGGUUAGGGAUUACGAAAACAGGAAAUUUUGCAGUUCUUACCAAUUAUCGCGAAACAGACACCCACGAUAAGGACCAUCCUGUACAAGGGACAAGGAGUAGAGGUGGUAUGGUUACGGCUUGGUUAACGGCAGAGAACGACGAGAGCACCAAACAAUUUGUACACAGACUAUUGGAUGGCGAGGGAGUAAAAGGUGUCGGCGGGUUCUCGUUGGUAUGCGGAAAAUUGCGAAAAGAGAGAUCCUCUGACGACCAAAUGGAGCCUCUGGCAAUCAUUUCAAAUAGAAGUGGAACUCCAGACGAGGUUCCAUGGGUGGCUGCCAGAAGAGGGGAGGUUUAUGGUUUAAGCAACACUUCGUACGACGACCCAAUAACUUGGCCCAAGGUUAAGUCUGGCAAGGAAAAGGUAAUGGAGGCUGUACAAGAGGCGAUACAAACCGAUCUUGGGGAAGAGGAUCUGGUCAAGAAAUUGUACGCCAUUCUAGAUAUUGAUACACUCCCGAAGCAAGAUGACAGCCAAGAUUUCGAGGAGUAUAUCUAUCAGCUUCGAAAGUCAAUCUUCAUACCUACAAUCGGUCAUGCAACUCCACCUUCAGAAAUUCCAAAUGCAGACGAAAUUGCGGCUGCUGUCGGAAAGGCAUCAACAUCACACGAAGAUUUGGGCGUCGAAGUUAAGGGGGAGCAGAUCAAAGAUAAAGAGGAGCAAAGACCCACACCCGAAAACAAUAAUGUUAUAUCUGGCGUUUAUGGUACACAAAGGCAGACUAUCAUCCUCGUAGAUUGGGAAGGGCAUGUUACGUUUAUAGAGCGUUCAUUGUUUGACGAGAGAGGCAGCCCGAUAGAAAGAGGUCAAGCUGAUAUGAAGUUUGAGUUCAAUAUUGAGGGAUGGAAUGGGGAAAACGAAAAAUUACGUUAA